UGGGGCUGAGCUUGGGGACCGCCCCUCCGGUUAGCCCGGAGCUUACAGAGGGUGGGGCUGGGUGGUUUCUGUCGGUGCCGGUUGGUCGCUCGCUCAGACAGACCCCGGGGUUCUCCUUUGCCCAUUGGCAGCCCCGCCCCGAGCCAACCAGAUCCGACGGCGCCGCCCUUAGCUCUGCUUGUCACACAUUCCAGCAGCAUCUGCCCUGGGGUGGCAUCUUCACGGCGGUGGCACCGGUGGUUGCCCUCCCGACGGCUGCUGUGGGCCGGCUAGCGUGCUCCGUUCUCCUCUAGCUAGAGACGAGGGCAAUCUGAGCCAAAGGAGGCAGUGACAAUCAGGGCGCCGCCUGACCGACCGCCGGCCGGCCGCUAUCCCACUUGACAGGUGCUGGGAAGAGAGCCUGUGCGGUGGGAUUGGAGGCGUCGGUUCGGGCAUGCAGUCGGGGAACGCUGAGAUCCAGGCCGGGGACCGGCUGAGCGGGGCUGCUGCCCGGGGGGAUUUGGAUGAGGUGCGGCGACUCCUGCAUCACGAGUUGGUGCAUCCCGACUCACACAACCGCUUCGGCAAGACUGCGCUGCAGGUGAUGAUGUUUGGCAACAUCUUUGUGGCACAGGAGCUGCUGAAGCAAGGUGCUAGCCCCAAUAUCCAGGAUGACUCGGGCACUGCGCCUGCCCAUGAUGCUGCCCGCACUGGGUUCCUUGACACGCUGAAGAUCUUGGUGGAGCAUGGUGCCGACGUCAAUGUUCCGGAUGGCUCUGGCUCCCUGCCUGUCCACAUUGCUAUCCGGGAGGGUCAUGCUGACGUGGUGCGCUUCCUGGCAUCUCAAUCUGAGCUGCAGCACCGAGACUCUGAUGGGCGGACACCGCUGGAGCUAGCACAACAUCUGGGGCUUUCGCACAUCCAGGGCAUCCUUGAGCAGCACCUCUCUGUUCCAGCUUAACACACGGAGUGGGCCACCUUGCCUGGGUAGAGGGAGCAGGAGCAGCACUGAGCCAACUCCUCUCUGUAUACUUAGGCCCCCUUCCCCCAGAGACUCUCCAUUCCUUCCCAGGGCCCUGGAACAAAGGCAGCUUCUGCCCUACCUCAGAGUGUGUUUUCAAUUAUCUUUGCUGUUGUUUCUAUUUAUAUGUAUUUUAUGAGUUCCUUUCUGCUUCAUACUGAUCUCUAGUUUCUCAUAACCAUGCCAGCUCCCCUGGGAGACAGAAAGUGGCUGUGACACCCUCUGCUGUGCUUCUGCCCUGAGCAGAAAAGUGCAGUGAGCCAUAGCCCCCUCUGUCUUCCAUUUCUCUCUCCUUGCCUUAGGAGGAUGUUCCAGCCUCUGACAUAAGCAUCUUCUAAAAGCUUUCCAGUGAGACUGGUAUGUUUGAUGCAAAGGGCACCCAAGAGAACAGGUGGAGGGCAUUGCUAGGCUGGGGGUCUAGGCAAAACGCCAAAUGUUCCCAAAAAGGGCUGAGAUUCCCUGGAAUCCCAGCCCCUUUUGGGAACAUUUGGCAUUUUGCCUUCAGGGGGAUUCUUCAUCCCUGUUCUUUCUCCAUUCGUCUUUUACUAUGGAGGGUUAUACUGCAAUUCUCCAAUGUAUUGCACUUACUCCUUUGUGUGCUGGGCAGGUAUUUUAAGGGGUGUGGGCUGGCUACUGCAGCAAAGGUGGACACCAGUUGUGCUGAACAAAACAUUUUGCCAUGAUUUAUUCCUUUCUGUUUGGACAAGAUGUUUGGCCUCGCUUUCUUUUUCAGAGUAUGGGAUCCAGAACUCCAUAAUAUCUGUUUAGAGUUAGACAUUCCUUAAUCUUUCCUGUGAUCUCUCCCUAAUUUCUCCUAGGUUUCUCUUGGGAUGUUGUGCUCCUUAAGUCAUUACUGGCUAUUUCCACUGCAGCCUUUUAGUGGUUAGCCCUGCUCUGCCCUGCUCUACAUACACACAACAAAAAAUAUGUGCUAUAUUUGUUUAUCUUUGACUAAAAUGUUCUAAGGCUUGUUUUUGGCAGCUUGUUCCCUGUAAUGAAUUUGUGGAUCUGAGCUGUGUAUAUAGUGGAUUUUAAAGGAGGGGAAAUUCUAUUUAUUGUGAUUUGCAAGGGUCUGUUUUAUGGAAUGAUUAAUUUAAUUAUUAAAAGCAUUAAGUCUG